AAAAUCAUGUUAUAUAUGAUGUGUAGAUCAUUUGACUUGCGCAAGGCUUUGUCCCUUGAACACACCCACGUUUUUUCUCUCAGCCCUGUUCAGGAGGUCAAUUGGUUGACGCUUCUCGUUUUAGACUCAUUCAGCGACACUGCUCUGCCUUUUGUCUUUGCGUCACACAUAUUUCUUGCCUGUAAUCGUUGAGUUUCUCCUCUGUAUUUAUGUGGAUAUAAACUCGAAUUCUUCUGGAGAUGGCAUUUAAGCGUUUCUCGGUGCUGAUUCGGAUGUUGGGCUUUUGUCUUUUUAUUCUUUUUGUGCACAACGCCAAUGGAGAUGUGAGCUAUUCUUUUCCGGAGGAGAUGAAACGCGGAUACGUGAUUGGAAAUAUAGCGAAGGAUCUGGGACUCGAUGUGAACAGACUGGCAGCUCGUAAGGCUCGUAUUGAUACUGAAGGUAACCGAAAACGCUACUGCGACAUUAAUGUGAAUACUGGAGAACUGACCGUAGCGGAAAGGAUUGACAGAGAGGAGAUAUGUGGGGACGAGCUUUCAUGUGUUUUGAAAUUUGAUCUAAUGUUAGAACAGCCUUUGGAGCUGCAUCGUGUUUCGCUUCAAAUUGAGGACAUCAAUGAUAAUGCUCCAGUGUUUUCGAAGGAUUUAAUCACGUUUGAAAUCCGCGAAUCUGCUGAUAGAGGCGCUCGAUACCGUGUGAAUGAGGCUCAUGAUGCAGACAUAGGACAGAAUACCGUACACGGCUAUGUGCUGGAGAAAAAUGAACACUUUUCUCUGGCUGUCAGCUCAAAUGUAUAUGGAAGGAAAUAUGUUGAGUUGGUGUUAGACAAAGAGCUAGACCGCGAGCAGAAGGAAGAGGUUAAUUUAAUUCUCACUGCAGUUGAUGGUGGGACUCCGCCGAGAUCAGGUACUGUAGCCAUACACGUCACUGUACUGGAUGCUAAUGAUAAUGCUCCAGUGUUUAGUCAGUCUGUUUAUAAGGUCGGUCUGCCUGAAAAUUCACCUUUAGGCACGGCGGUGCUUACUGUGAGCGCUACAGAUGCAGAUGAAGGACCAAAUGGAAAAGUGACUUAUGAAUUUGGUCGUAUAUCUGCUAAAGCCAGGAAGGUAUUUUCAUUGGAUCUACAUAAUGGACAGAUCACAGUUACUGGACAUAUAGAUUUUGAGGAGGCUUCAGUGUAUGAAAUGACAGUUGAAGGGAAAGAUGAGUUUGGUUUCUCUUCAGAAGCAAAUGUAGUGAUACAAAUUGUUGACGUCAAUGACAAUGCACCUGAAAUAUUUUUGAAGUCUCUGCAUACUCCAGUCCCUGAAAAUUUGACUCCAGGUACAGAAGUAGGCAUCAUUAAUGUGCAGGAUAGAGACACAGAGAAUAACGGACGGGUAAAGUGCUCCCUUCAGCAAAAUGUUCCCUUUAAACUUGUUCCAUCACUGAAAAGUUAUUAUUCUCUGGUGACAACAGGUGAAUUAGACCGAGAGCUCGUAUCUGAUUAUAACAUUACAAUCACUGCUACUGAUGAAGGCUCUCCACCUUUGUCCUCCUCUAAAACUAUUCAUUUAUCAGUAGCUGAUGUGAAUGACAAUCCACCUGUAUUUGAGGAGCAGGUUUACAGCGCUCAUGUGAAAGAAAAUAACAAACCAGGCUCCUCUGUUUGUACUGUAGCAGCAACAGACCCAGACUGGAGACAGAAUGGUACUGUAGUUUAUUCUCUUCUCCCUUCUGAUGUCAGUGGUGCUCCAGUGUCCUCAUUUGUAUCCAUUAAUGGAGACACAGGUGUUAUCCAUGCAGUGAGGUCUUUUGAUUAUGAGCAGUUGAAAAGUUUCAAAGUGCUCGUCUUAGCCAGAGACAACGGUUCUCCUCCACUCAGCAGUAACGUGACUGUGAGCGUCUUCGUAAGUGAUGAGAAUGAUAACUCUCCACAAAUCUUAUACCCCUCUCCGGAAGGAAACUCCUUCAUGACUGAGAUGGUGCCCAAAGCUGCCCAGUCAGGCUCUCUGGUGUCCAAGGUGAUCGCAGUGGAUGCGGACUCUGGUCAAAAUGCAUGGCUUUCUUAUCACAUAGUGAAAGCGACUGACCCAGGACUUUUCACUAUUGGUGAGCACAGUGGAGAAAUCAGGACGCAGCGGGACAUUUCUGAGUCUGACAGUACAAAGCAGAAUCUCAUUGUUUCAGUCAAAGAUAACGGACAGCCUUCACUUUCUGCAACCUGCGCCGUCUAUUUACUCAUUUCUGAUAACUUGGCUGAGAUUCCUGAACUGAAAGACAUGUCUCAUGAUGGGAGCAGCUCCAAACUGACUUUUUAUUUGAUCAUCGCGCUGGUGUCCGUCUCCACUUUCUUCCUCACCUUCAUCAUCAUCAUCCUGGCCAUGAGGUUUUGUCACAGGAGGAAGCCCAGACUGCUGUUUGAUGGAGCUGUGGCCAUACCCAGCGCGUAUCUCCCUCCAAAUUACGCAGAGGUGGAGGGAGCGGGAACUCUCCGCAGCACCUACAAUUACGAUGCAUAUCUGACCACGGGAUCACGAACCAGUGACUUCAAAUUCGUCACUUCUUAUAAUGAGGGGACUCUGCCUGCUGACCUAACAUUGAAAAAAGUCCAGUCAUCUUUUAAUUAUCUUGAAGGGCUUGAUGUUCAAACUGAGGAUUCUUCAGAGGUAAGAGACAAUUUCAUUCUUUAAAAAACAAAACAAAC